UGUGACGUCUCUACCAGUCGCGUGUUCGCACAGAAAUUAUUGCAAUUUUCGUCGUUAAAAUCGAGCCAAAAACGGACAGGAGGCGCUGAAAAAGAGCAAAUAAUCAUAUUCGCACGGCGGCUAAAAGCCUGCGAUCUACAGAGGACAUGCGAAUCGGCGCUUGCAAAUGCCAAUUGCAACAAAGAGCAGACUGCUACUUUCGUUACUGAAUGCUAAGAGACUUCCUCAGUGGUUGAAGCUAAUUCCCGGGCAACAGUACCCUGAGCUUAUUCACGUGGAUCGCAUAUGCCCAGAGACAAUUAUUAGAUAAUCAUCAUAUCUAUAAAACGAAGGAUAUCAUUGGAAGGACUAUAAGCAUCAAGUGGCAGAAGUGGCAGAAGAAGGAGCGAAGGAGAGACGCUAGCCCCCCUCGUUUCCCAUUCCAGCCAACAGUCGUGCGAAAGCGUCUUGAAUGGAUCCAUAUGUUGGCUGGUUUCAGAAGGAACAGGAGGGCCCAUCGCUGCGCACAUGGUUAAAGAUUUGGGAGUCGAAUGCCCAGGAGAUGGGCGCAUUGCUUGACCAGCAGAUACAGCAAGCAACGACGACGUCGGCGACGAUAAACGGUAGCACCAGCAGCAAUAACAUCAGCGGUAACAGCACCAGCAGCAGCAGCAAUAACAUCAGUGGUAACGGCAACGGUAACAGUAACGCGGCUAACACUAAUAUUAAUAACAAUUCAACGGGCAAACCCUACUUAUCACGGCCAAACAGCUCACUGAGCCGUGUGCUUAACUUCCGGGCGGAUUCACAGGAGCAGCAACAGCAGCAGCAUCUCAACGGUACCACGCAGAGGCAUAGCAACAGUACUGUAAACAGCAGCUCGGCCACCGAUUCCGGCACAAAUCGGGACAAUAACUCACCCGCCAACAGUAGCAGCAGCAGCAUCACAUCAACAAACGGAGGAGGAACCAACAGUCCAGCAAGCACGGCAGGGGCAACCAAUACCGCUGCAACUGCAGCGACUGGACCCCCAGCGACCAGUAUGAACGAUAGCAGCAGCAACAAUUCGUCACAGACGACCGCGAGCACGACCACGACGACGACGGGUGGUGCCAGUCGCACGAACAGCAUCUACUACAAUCCAUCGCGAAAGAAACGUCCAGAGAACAAGGCUGGCGGGGCUCAUUACUAUAUGAACAACCACAUGGAGAUGAUUGCCAAGUACAAGGGCGAACCCUGGCGAAAGCCGGACUUCCUCUAUGGCGAAGGUGUCAUCGGGCUGCAUGAGGAGAUCGAGCACUUUUAUCAGUACGUCCUGCCCACGCCCUGCGAGCACGCCAUCCGCAACGAGGUGGUCAAGCGCAUCGAGGCCGUCGUCCAUUCCAUUUGGCCGCAGGCGGUGGUUGAGAUCUUUGGCUCCUUCCGUACCGGCCUCUUUCUGCCCACCUCCGACAUUGAUCUCGUUGUGCUAGGUUUAUGGGAAAAGCUGCCGCUGCGUACGCUGGAAUCUGAGCUGGUUGGUCGUGGUAUUGCGGAGGCAUGCACGGUCCGUGUACUAGACAAGGCAUCCGUGCCGAUCAUCAAGUUGACGGACAGGGAGACGCAGGUGAAGGUUGACAUAUCGUUCAAUAUGCAGAGCGGCGUACAGUCGGCGGAGCUAAUUAAGAAAUUCAAGCGUGAUUAUCCGGUGCUGGGGAAGCUAGUGCUGGUCCUAAAGCAGUUCCUGCUGCUCCGCGAUCUCAACGAGGUGUUCACCGGCGGCAUCUCCUCCUAUUCGCUGAUCCUCAUGUGUAUCAGCUUCCUGCAGCUGCAUCCGCGCGCCAUCUACCACGAGACGGCCAAUCUGGGUGUGCUGUUGCUCGAGUUUUUCGAAUUGUACGGUCGUCGGUUUAACUACAUGAAGAUUGGCAUUUCGAUUAAGAACGGCGGCCGAUAUAUGCCCAAGGAUGACCUGCAGCGGGACAUGGUCGAUGGCCAUCGGCCCUCGCUUCUGUGCAUCGAGGAUCCGCUGACGCCGGGCAAUGACAUUGGACGUAGCAGUUAUGGCGUCUUCCAAGUGCAGCAGGCCUUUAAGUGCGCCUACCGUGUCCUCGCUCUCGCGGUUAGUCCGCUCAAUCUCCUAGGCAUCGAUCCGCGCCUCAACUCUAUACUGGGUCGAAUCAUUCACAUCACCGACGACGUCAUCGAUUACCGCGAAUGGAUCCGAGAGAAUUUCGAACACCUUGUGGUGGUGGAGCGCAUCUCACCGCUGCCCGUCACCGCUGCAGCCGCUGCCGCUGCCGCCGCUGCGGCAUAUGCCACCUCAAAUGGUGCGCCUAAAUAUGUGAUUAUGCCCUCGGGCGCCGUUGUCCAGCAACUGUACCAUCAUCCGGUGCAGAUGCCCACUGCCCACGGGCACAGCAGUCACACGCACAGCCAUGCCGGGCACACUCCUGGUGGCCAUCCUGGCCAUCUGGGGCAGCCGUUUGUUACCGGUUCAUCCGCCACGACAACGACCACCACAGCGGUGGCGGUGGUUGGCGUGUCGGCGCCCGGUAACAGCGCCCAACAGCAGCAGCAGCAGCAACAGACGUCGAAGGUCCAGCAGCAGAAGCAACAGCAGCAGCAGCAGUCGCAGAACCAAUCGCAGUCGCGUCACAGACGUGGCAGCACCUCGUCCGGUGAUGAUUCCGAGGACAGCAAGGACUGCGAGAUUGUGGAACCGUCGCCGGAGGUCAUUGACAUCACACUGUCGCCACCGAAUGGAAUGGUUGGCGCCAUGCCCGCCAUGCCGCUGCCUGUGAUCGCUGUUGGUAUGCCCACUACCAGCAGCAGUUGGAACGGAACCGGAAGCGGACGCGGAAAUGGAAACAGCAGCUCAUCCACGGGCUCGUCGCCGGAAACUGCCCACAUCGUCGUUGCCCAGGAGAUGGACUCAGAGCUGGAGCUUCAGGCGCCGCAAGCGGAGACCUCGGCCGGCGGCAGCUCAGGAGGAGGCGCUGGCUUCGGUUCAGGAUCUGGCGGCAGUGGUGGACGCAACUACAACCAGCGCGGCAGCGGCGGCGGUCACAAUUCCAGCGGUUACUACCACCAGCAGUACUAUGUGCCACCGCCGAUGCAACAACAGCAGCAGCAGCAGCAGCAGCUGAGCAAGUCCAACUCCUCCUCUUCCUCCUCGAAUUAUCACCAGCAGCAGCAGCACCAUAGUCACAGUCACCGGCAACAGCAGCAUCAUCAUCACCAUCACCACCAGCAGCAGCAACAACAGCACCACCAGCAACAUCAUCACCACCACCAGCAACAGCAGCAGCAGCAGCAACGCCCACAGCAUUUACGUCUGGGCGGCGGCGGUGGCAGUCGCUACCAAAAAUCUGUUGGAUCCCCAACCAUCGGCAAUACGUCGUCGACCAGCAGCACCAGUAGCAGCAAUAGUAGCAGCAGCAGCAGUAGCAACAACAACAACCAUCGACUGCCGCCGCUGAGGGGCACGCUGGUGAACUCUUCAUCGGCUAUAUCAAUCAUUUCCAUAUCGUCGGAAUCAUCGAUAGGCAGCAGCAGUUCCAGUUCGUCUGGAUCUGGCCAGGAUGGGCAACAUCACCAAAACGAGCGGGACGAGCGAUAGAUGGGAUAAGCAAAUGAGAAAGAGAAAGAGAAUUCUCUGGUUAAAAACUGCAAAUAUGUAUGCUGCAUUUUUCUAUUUUACCCCUUUAACCUUAUCCUAAUCUUGAUUAUGAUACACUGAAUCCCCCUAAAACGUAAUACUUAGACUUAUUUUUAACAUUGCGCUGUCUCGCUUGAGCCUAGAUUUUGGAACUAGAAGAGCAAACAACAAAAAAGAACCUACUAAAACUAAAUAAUAAGGAACACUUUGCCUCUGAUUGCGUUCAAUAUAUUUCAUUUUGUUUCUAAAAUAAACAUGAAAGCAAA